UGGACAGAGAAGAAGCCACCUUAGCUUAGCCAUCUUUUACCUGCUCAGCAUUCAAGCCCGUUGAAUUUCUGCCGCUGUUGUAAUGGUUUGACCAAACCUCCAACAUUUCCUAACCCCAUCAGAGGAGUUAACCGGUAUUUUCACUGACGGAGCAGCCAGCGAGCCACCGACUUUGGGAAAGAUGUCCAACCGUCUGGCCUUCCAGACACAGCUGGCCUCCAUCAUGGAGGUCCUGGCUAACGCUGCGGUGGCGGAGAUCUGUAAGCUGGUAGACGAUGACUACGCCGUGGUGAGUUUACAGAUGUCCCAGUGCCAGAGAGAGAACAAAGCCCUGAAGAGGAAGCUGCAUUUGCUGGAGCUGAAGAUGGCCCGGGGAAACGCCGAGAGGAGGCUUCGGGAGAGCGCCAUGAACAGCAGCCGACCGAGGGUGCAGAUAAACACAGGCGACAGGCUGCGGGAGUCCUCACCGACAACCGGUGGUGUGUUUGAGCAACAGAUGGAUGUGACUCUGUGGUCUGGCAGCACUACUGUAGGGGACACGGGCAGCCAGCCGAUCCAUUCAGACAGCAUCCGGAGCAAGUCUCCAGAUGUGGAGCUGGUGGAGCCAGAGGCGGUGCUGGUCAAAGAGGAGAGCGUGGAGGCAAACAUGGCACGGGUUGAAGAAGCAGAGGAAGACGUGCCGCUUAUAGGAGAUGAUGGAGUGCUGGAGUGUGUCCCUCGUGGAGCCACAGGACAGAGACCCAGCCUUGAACCGCAGGACAUUCAGUCCCAGACCCAGACCCAGACCAGCAGGACGAGGCAUGCCGGCAGCAGCAGAGGAGUGGAGAAGGAGGAGGAGCCAGAUGUGGUGCUGGUGAAGGUGGAGGAGGUGGAGCCGGUGACAGGAACUCAGAACCAGACAGGCCUCAGCAUACAGGAGGGGUUGGUGGAGUCCAGCACAGAUGACUACAGAGGAGUGCUGCCAUUUGAUGAAACCACACAAGCUUCCACCAAUCAGCUGUCUGACCUGCAGGAGUCUGGGGGGGGCUUCUCAGAGUCUGCAACCCCCAUGAUAACAGAGGACACCAGCAGUAUAGUGGCAGUCCAGCUCAGGGUACCAGACACCAACACACCAGCCAACCCCAACGCACAACAGCAACCGCAGAGACCCAGCAACAGCAACCCUCUCACCUCUGAAUACUCUCUGUUUGAACUGGAGACAUUCUUCACCCGCUGGGCCCCUGUUAAUGACUCCACAUCGGCCCCCGGAGGCUCCUCGUCUUCUCUCACCACUGAUGACUCGGCAGAGUGCGACCAGGAUGGAGUUAUCAUCGUAGAGACUGAGCCGUCGGGUUCCUCUGCGGUGAGGAUGAGUGGAGGGCAGAGUGUGUCCUCUGCAGCCGGCCGCUCCACGCUUCACAUCCAGCCGCCACUGUCACAAGCUCCAUCAGCAGGGACCUCCGUGUCCAUACCUCUGAGGAUACAGGCUCCAUCUUCCGAGCAUCCAUGGAGCAGAACACCAGCCAUGAUCAGAAGAGCACAGGCUCAGCUGCUGCAGCAGCCUCGGGGCAGCAGCAGCAGCAGCAGGGUCUCUGAGCAGCAGCAGCAGCACAGCCUUCCCUCUGCACAGAGCACACUGUCCUCCAGCACAGCUGCUGUCACUGACAGUGAUGAUAAAACAAGUAUCAGUUCAACCUGUAGGACUAUGAGCUCCGCUGUGGCUCCGCAGUCAGCUUUACCCGUCAGGGGAUCCACAGGAGUGUUGGCCAGCAUUGAGGCAGCCAUCGCUGCACAGCAUCGAGCCAACCUUUUGGCUCGCUACAAUAAAAGCAAGGCUGCCGGCGUCGCCCCCGGUGAACGCCGCAGGAAAAGCUACGUGUGCCGAGCCUGCGGCAAGGCUUUCUCCGGACUGUCCAACCUGGAGGCCCACGAGAGAGUCCACACAGGGGAGAAGCCUUUCCGCUGCGACACCUGUGGGAAACACUUCUCCGAGGCUGGGAACCUGAAGAAGCACCAGAGAGUUCACACCGGGGAGAAACCCUUCAGCUGUGAGCAGUGUGGGAAGAGGUUCGCCUGGAUCUGCAACCUGAGGACACACCAGCAGUCCGCCACAGGCUGCGGACCACAGGCCAGGGGAGGGUUAGGACUGGGCUGAUCACACACAGUGGACUGUAGUGGACAGAGCUGUUAAUGUUGGUAGUAUUUCAUUCACACACAGGCACUUUGCCUUUUCUUCACUGUUAAAAACAGGACAGCAGAAAUACUUAUUCUGUCUUUGACAUAUGAUGAAAGACUGUACCUCUGUUAGCUCUCACUUUAAGGACCAAACUAGUGUUUUUCAUGCUUUAACUCGUUAGCUACAAUUUGUUCUUAAUAUCACUACUGACCAAAGUGUGUUACGUGUUUUUAUAGUGUUGAAAGUGUUGUUCCAGACAGUCAAUGCUUUUAUUUAAUGCUGCUUCAUUUGAAAGUCAGCCCUGUAAAACAGUGCAGCAAUAAGCUGACUUUCAUUUUCAUUCUUUACAGAAAUAAACAGACAUUAAGUUUUGCCUGGGUGUUAGAGAAAGCACAGUUAAUGAACCCAGCGGACUGUGGUGACGCUGUUGGUAGCUAUGUAAUCGGCUGCUUUCACACAUGCACUGCAGCCCUGAACUCUUCUGGACAUCACCCAGAGGAGCUGUCUGUGUGAGCACAAAUGUCAAAAUCAGUUUGACCGGGCAUUAAACGCACUGUACCCUGACAGCUCCAUGGUACAAAGUCUGUGUGAAAUCCCACUGAGCCGAUGUGUGAACAGAGCGGGUCACUGUCCGCAGUAUUAUUUUAUUUUCUGCCUCCUGCAGGCUCCACCCCUCACCUAUGCCAUUUCCAUUAGAGUAUUUCCAGUAGGUGUGAAUGUGUCUGACAUGGACAUUCUCCAGCCUUCUGCUGCAUGUGUGAAAGGGAAUCUCUGGACCCAAUAUGCGGACCUGAUUCUCUGGACAUUGUCAUUGUUAAUAAA